UAACUGAUUAUUUGUGGCAGCUGAGGCUGGGGGCUGGAAGCACUCCGCUCUUCUUUUUUAUUUCUGGACGGCAUCGUUUGUCGACAGUUUUGUUCAGUUUUCUGUUGAUUUGCGAAGUACAAUGACUGAACAAUCCGCUCUACUUCUUCGGAAACAGCUGGCAGAGCUCAACAAGAACCCUGUCGAGGGAUUUUCUGCUGGGCUCAUUGACGAUGACGACAUCUAUAAAUGGGAGGUUGUCAUCAUAGGCCCACAGGACACGCUCUUUGAAGGAGGCUUUUUUAAAGCAUACCUGACCUUCCCAUAUGACUACCCUCUGAGGCCGCCAAAGAUGAAGUUCAUCACUGAGAUCUGGCACCCUAACGUGGCCAAAAACGGUGACGUGUGCAUCUCGAUCCUGCACGAGCCGGGCGAGGACAAGUUCGGCUACGAGAAGCCGGAGGAGCGCUGGCUGCCCAUCCACACGGUGGAGACCAUCAUGAUCAGCGUCAUCUCCAUGCUGGCCGACCCCAACAGCGACUCGCCCGCCAACGUCGACGCAGCGAAAGAGUGGAGGGAGGACCCAAACGGCGAGUUCAAGAGGAAGGUGGCCCGCUGUGUACGAAAGAGCCAAGAGAUGGCAUUCGAUUAACCCCGGUCUCUCCCCUUUUUUUGUGGAUAUUCCCAUGCUAAACUAAUGUGUUUCGAGAGAGCCAACCUUACCCUUCAGAGGAGGACUAUUUCACCCAGCAAUUGUAAAUAAAGAGAUGAGAUCAGCCAAGCACUUCAGUACCCUAAGGUCCAUCUCUGUCAUGUGCUCCCUCUCCUGAGGAGCCAGCAGAGAGACCUACCAGCUAAACCACCCUCUGUCUCCUCCCCUCCCUCCCCUCCUCUACCCUCCCCUGCGGAAGUGUAUAUUUCAUUCUAUUUAUUUAAGAAAUGACGAUGUAAGAUAUGUCUCUACUGUAAAAUAUCUCGCUUUUUUUAUUGCUGCUGAACAGUUUCUACUUUGUAUCAGGUUUCUUAUGCAAUUUGUGGAUGUUUGUGGUUCUAUGGACUAUGAAGCCCUCGGAAGCCAGAA